AUGACAGCUUCCGAAACCGCAAACAACACUCUGAACACCACCUUGAUGGCUGUGGAAUCGCUCAUCCAGCAUUUCACAGAGUUCAAGCACGGCAAUCCAGAGGCCCUAAAAUUAUCGGAUGAGAUAGCCAGAUGCAUGGCAAGAGAUUUAAAGCUCUAUGGGGAUGAUGCGACAUCAUUCUCCCCGAAGCUACUGUCCUGCGCAGCCAUUGUACGGCAGCAUGCAAAGGGUGGCAUCUUUCAAACUUUGGCUGACUGGAGCUCCGUUGUUCCCAAUGACACCAGAAUCAAGGGCCACCCCCGCUUCCAGAAGACAGUCAACUACAUUCCUUCUGCUGUUGACGUUCCGCCCACCGGACCAACACCUCCUAGUGAAGCUGUCAUCGUGAAGACAGACACGCCGGAGGCUGAACUUGUUCCGCGGUCACUGUCUCCAAGAUGUAACACCGGUAAAAAGCGAAAGGCAGCUGACGACAGUACGGAUGACAUGGAGACCCGGAAGUCUAUGCCCAAGCGAAAGAAGGAUGGUGCCGCCAAGCCCAUGGAGGCAUUCUUGCCGGUCGCCACAGACAACAUGAUGGCAUCGGAAGCACAGGGCACAUUGGACAUGGCUGAAGACAGGGGUUUCUGGGACGCAGAGAGUCAGCCUGCCGAUUGGGGCUUGGAUUCCACCAUUGCCACCGCGGUAGAGCAUUCCAUUCGCCACCACCCACGGAAGUGUGACAAAUGCACUAAGUUGAACAUACCGUGCCUUGUCCUCCCGGACAAAAAGUUCAGACGCACCAAGAAGACCACGUGUGCGAUCAACAGCGUUGGAGUCAGGGAGAGGUCGCAAGCCCAGGUGAAAACCAAGGCAGCGGAAGCAGCUGCCAAUCCAGUGAAACGCUCAAAGUCCCGAGCUGUGAGCAGGCAUCCAGUAAAAAUAGCCAACAAGCAAACUCUUAAACAUGAAGACUCGGAUGCCAAGCAACCAACCCAAAUGUCAAAUGCAUCCAAGCCGGACCUCAGCAAGAAGUUUGAUACGCUCGCCACCAAUGAGCGACUAGACGGGUUGGAAGCAAGAGUAAGUUCGGCGGAGGAGAUGUUAGGUGAGCGGUUGAGGAUCCUGGAGCAACACCUCAAUGCCUCAAUGCCUCAAUGCCUCAAUGCCUCAAUGCCUCAAUGCCUCAAUGCCUCAAUGCCUCAAUGCCUCAAUGCCUCAGAUGCUCAGUGGAAAUCAAUGUUGUCCUCGGUCGGACAUCUGGCGGAUUCACUCCGCAAACACCAAGAUGAUGCGGAAUCCCAUCGUCUUCCGCUGAAUCCUCCUGCGGAUGUCCCUCCUCAGCACCUGAGUGCCAAACUCCCGGGACGGCUCCACAAUGCCGUCGGUGAUGAAGAAGUGAAUGAUGUUGGGGCAUCCACAUCAGCUGGACCAAUUCCAAAGCUCCAGAGGCUUCAGUUCCUCCCGCCAAUUCAACUGCACCUUCCCAAGUUUCCAGGGCACCUAGUCACCCUACCAACUUUGUAUGCUGGUUCAAUACAAAGAGAUGUUCUGCCGGCUGGUGCGGGUUCCAUGCCAAAUAGUGGGAUUACAUAUGUCCCUGCGGACAGUUUUCGGAAGGUAUCUGAAUGGAUGUUCAUCCUUUCAUAUGUCAUACUCGUUGUCCAACCAGUCACCAGGAGGGAUCCAGUGUACUUGAGGCUUUUGGAGGAAAGCAACCACAGAAGGCUGUCUGCUCUAGCUCCCAGCAAUGAGUUGAAGGACCAGCUUGACGCUGCCAAAAAGGAGCAAACGACCAGUCUUGUUACUGAGCUCCACUAG